UAUAGUUUUAUUCGGAAAAUAAAAUCUACACAUAUAGACCACUUCCGCAGAUACCAAAUUCCGCGAGAAUGGAGGAGGACCAUUAUAUGAUUCUGGGAUUGAGCCAAAGCGCCACCGCGGAGGAGAUCGCAAAGGCCUACAAGCGGAUGGCCCUCAUCUAUCAUCCGGAUAAGAACAACCAUCCCCGGACGGAGGAGUAUUUCAAGAAGAUCAGAGCCGCGUUCGAGGUUCUGUCCGAUUCGGAGAGUAGGGCGCAAUAUGACCGAAGUUUGAAAAGGACGUCGACGCUUAGGAGUAGUGAUGUAAGGCCUGCCGGAACCCAUCCCCGUCAGCAAACCGAUCAGGUGGGAUCCCCCGAUUUAUUUCCCACACUAUGUGCGGUGGGCGGAGUUUUGGUGGGACUCUUUAUGGGAUAUAAUGUCUUCAGGGCAUUCAACGGAUCAAAUUCUGGGAACAAAUAGGUGCAACACACAUCCAAACACUGAAAUUAUUGGCAUAGACAUUUUGAUGUACAUAUCUAAAUUAAUUACAAAUAAUUCGAAAUUUAUUAAUAUAAAAAUAGCUAAAUUAAAUACAAAUUUAUUCAAAACUAAGUAUAUUAUUUUUAAAACUAAAGGUUACUUACAAAUGUAUUCAAAACUAUGUACAUAUGUAUAUUAUACUAUGAAGGUGUUAUUCAAAACUAUGAA